AUGACAGUGUCCUGGCUGUACUUUGCAGAAAAAUUCCUCCAUGAUUUUACUCCAGCUCUGAUAGUGGCAGCUCUGGCAGCCAGUUUCAUCUCACCUGUGUCGUCGGGUACUUCCUCUACAAAAACAAAAACUCAAGUGAAGAACAACUCAGGUGUGACUCCAGCGGGCCAGUGUGGCGCCUGGGUAAAGGAGCCUGAUGGAGGUUACUUCACCUCCCCCAACUACCCACAGAAAUACCCACCUGAGAGGGAGUGUGUGUACAUCAUAGAAGCCUCUCCCCGGCAGUGCAUCGACUUAUUCUUCGAUGAAAAGUACUCCAUAGAGCCAUCCUGGGAGUGCAAAUUUGACCACAUCGAGGUCCGCGAUGGGCCAUUUGGUUUUUCCCCCAUCAUUGGACGCUACUGUGGGCAGGAGAGUCCAGCAUACGUCCGCUCCAGUGGGCGCUACCUGUACAUCAAGUUUGUGGCUGAUGGAGAGCUGGAGGCCAUCGGAUUCUCUGCUCGAUACAACUUUACACAAGAUCCUGAGUUUAAAGAGCUUGGGGAACUGCCAGCGCUCCCACUUUGUGAGUUUGAGCUGAGUGGUCCGGAAGGCUUCGUGGAGUCGGUUCAGAUAAGCACAGAGGGCCGAGCACAGCCGACUGAGGCUGUUGACUGCAGGUGGUACAUCAAGGCUCCACCCAGAGCCAGGAUCUACAUGCGUUUCCUGGAGUAUGAGAUGCACAACUCCAAUGAGUGCAAGCGUAACUUCGUCGCCAUUUACGAUGGCAGCAGUUCUGUUGAACAUCUGAAGAAUAAGUUCUGUUCCACGGUGGCCAAUGAUGUCAUGCUGACCUCUGCUGUGGGUGUGGUCAGAUUGUGGGCGGAUGAAGGAAGCAGGAAGAGCAAAUUCAGGAUCCUCUUCACAACCUUUCAUGAACCUCCAUGUGAAGGAGACACUUUCUUUUGCCACAGCAACAUGUGCAUCAACCACACCCUCGUGUGCAACGGCAUCCAAAACUGUGUUUACCCGUGGGAUGAGAAUCAUUGCAAAGAAAAGAGGAAGCCCAGUAUCUUGGACACACUGGAUAACACCAACCUCACUAUCAUUGGAAUAACCUGUGGCCUCGUUGUCAUCCUGCUCAUCAUCUCUGUCGUCAUCCAGGUCAAACAGCCUCGCAAGAAAUACAUCAUCCGCAGAGACGACUUCGACCCUGCCCUCCUCCACCCUGGUUUUGAGCCUCCUCACUAUGAGCUCUGCACUCUGCGCCGCGCCCCGUCUGGAGACCUGACUGAUGCAGCCCUGGCCGAGGAUUAUGAAAAGUUCCAUAAGCUCCGCCGCUCCUCCUCCAAAUGCAUCCGCGACCACCACUGUGGCUCUCAAGCGGGGAGCAUGCACGGCAGUGUCCACGGCAGCCGCAGUAAUCUGAGCAUGCGAGACGGCACCCUUGCAGCAGACGGGGGUGCUUUUGUUCCACCACCGCUGCCCCCGUUGACUGUGAGCCAACAGUCUCCACACCUGUCCCACCUGACCACGCCUGCAGGGCGGAGGAGUAUCCUGGUGAUGAAGCAUAGCUACUCUCAGGACGGGGCUGAUGGGUACAGAGGGGAGGAGGAGGAGGAUUUAAUGAUGGAUGAUGGCCCCACAACCAGCCAGCACCUCAUGCACCACCAUCAGCUCCACCAUGGCCCUCUAGGGCUGGACCACGCUGUCCACCGUACACUGUCUAAUGACUUUUAAUAAGACAAUGCAGAGUUAAAAGAAACAUUGUUCUUUUAGCCAUCUGUUGGAGGAAAAUAAUCACUCUGACUUUUAAUAACAUUACAUUUUAAUGUAUGUUGAUUAUAGGGCUGAAUUUUACAGGUCUUUAAAUAAUGGUUUAUGUUCAUCCAUAAUCAAAGCCAGUGGUUCUAAACUUGUGGGUUGAGACCCCCUUAGGGGUCACAAGACACUUAGAGGGGGGUCUCCAGAGUCCUGUAAUAAACUUAGAAUACUUUUUGAAUUAUACAUUUGUUGGUUCAAGUCAAUUAGAAAAAAAAAACAUCAAAAAUGUGCUGUCUAGGCCCUGUAAAAGACAGACAGUUAAAUAGGACUUAUUCUUAUUGAGCGGAGACAAAGCAGCUGACAAAGAUCCAGUGCAAAGCAUGAAACUGAUAUUUCCAACCCUUGUCCCUAGCCCAUAGAGCGUGGCCGUUUUGUAGCAUUUUUGGUCUUUUUAUUAUGAUUAUUUUGACUGUGUAAAUGCUAACAACAUACAUUUUUAUAGGGUGCAUUGUUUCCAUAAUAUUUUAAAUUGUAAUAUCAGCACCUCAAUGAUAAGCUCUUUACACUGUUUAUUUACACUCAGGGUGUUCAUGACCAAAAAUGCCACAUUAAAACCUACUGAAAUCACAGUUUUUGAUCCCCGAGCCUUCUGGAGUUACUGCUUCAAACUGGCAUUUUUUCCUGUUUGUCACCAAAUUUAAGCCACUUUCUCAUACUUGACAUGAGGGAAAAUUGCAUGAUGUUCCUGGU